AUGGCGGCCGCCAGCGCUGCAUGCAGACGUCGUUCUUCUCUCCAAAUAGAACAGCACAACGGCUCCCUCCCCACCUACCCCAAUUGUCCUAUGCCCUUUAUAGCUCCUUCAGCAAGACCUGAAGAAGAGGCAGAAAAACCUGUGAAAACUAAGACUGUUUCUUCCAGUAAUGGAGGAGAAAGUUCGAGUCGCAGCGCAGAGAAACGGGCAGCUAAUGAAGAAGCUGAAGACUUCACCACAAAGCCUGCUCCUGCCAAAAUGUCCAAGUUUGGAUUUUCCAUAGGCAGUCAGACAGCAAAGAAGGCAUCUGCAAUAUCCAUCAAACUAGGAGCAAAUAAGCCUAAAGAGCCUGUUCCAACCCUUGCUCCAAAAACCCUUUCUGUAGCAGCAGCUUUCAAUGAAGAUGAAGAUAGUGAACCAGAAGAAAUGCCUCCAGAAGCCAAGAUGCGCAUGAAGAACAUUGGAAGGGAUACACCAACCUCAGCAGGACCAAAUUCCUUCAAUAAAGGAAAGCAUGGUUUUUCUGACAACCAGAAGCUAUGGGAACGAAAUAUAAAAUCUCAUCUUGGAAACGUCCACGACCAAGAAAAUAACUAAAUGAUGUGGAUUGAGAGUUGGGUGUUUGGGGGGAGGGGAGGGUGUAACGUUAAAGGAACAGUUUCCUUUUUUAAGAAUGGCAUAAGACUAUCUUUGGAGCCACUUUUUUAAGAUUUUGAGUGGUACACUAAUAACUGAGUUUGAAAUUAGAGGUAAUUUAUGUUUUGUAUACAGAUUUCAAGGCAUUUGCUAAUUUUGUAGUUCCAUGUGAUUAGUUUCAAAAGGUUACAGAUAAUAAAAAAAUUGGAGUGGUACCUUUUUAAGAUUUUUUUUUUUUGUCAGUGAUUAAUUAAGGUGGAUGAAAAAGGUUACUGUCUCUUUAAUCAGGUUAACAUUGAAUGCUCUGGCAUUCUCACUUCUGGCUCCCUCUUCAUAACAGGAGAAACAGUUGAGUCCUAGGAAUACUGCUAAAGAAAGUGAGGAUUGUCUUGUGCUAGAAGUGUUACGACUAUUAAUUUGAAUAUAAACUUAUGCAGGAAAUGAUAAGAACCUGGAUUUUUUUUCUCCCUGCAGUCACCUUUUGUUAAGUCUCUGCAAACUAGGAAUUAUGUUGCUCUGAGUGGCUCUGGUAACUUAGCUCUACUUUUGUUUAAAACUUCAUGUAGGAUGUGUAACCUUCUGUGGCCCAUUUCACCUUAAGGAAAUGGGCCUUGUCUGUAUAUUAGAUACAGUCUGUAAAGAAUAUUCACUGCAAAGGUGAAUCAGUAUUUUCAGUGUGCUCCUUUUAAAUCAUUAGCCUUGAGUAGUGCUUGUUAGCAUUUCCUUGUGGUACACAAAAGCCACCACCAAAAAAGACAAGCUAGUGUACAUUAAGCUUAACAUUUUGUUGAAAUAUUUUUCUUUACUAUGCCUAGAAGGAAUAAAAGCCACACCAAAAAUCGGUAACUCACUGCUUAAGUAUGAAAAAUCUAAGAUGCACUUUCCCUCUCUUGCCAUUUAAAAAAAAAAUGCCUUGAUGCCUGUGACCUCAGUGGACACUAUCAGGUUAAAGAAGAAUACUGUAUUUGCAGUCCUAAUGCUUCUAACAAGUGUCAACUUCAGAAAUAAAACUACUUUUUCCUACCUGCCUGCCUUUCACAGUAAUUUUCAACAACCACAUUAGUCUGGUCAGUUUAAUUUCCUAGCUUUCAUACUGCAGAACAGUGCUGUAAGAUUUCAAACCUAGUAAGGACUGUCUAAAUUUCAGUCUAAUUCAGAUUGCAUGUUUUUAAACCAUUUUACUAGCAGUAGCAGAACUGGUUAAGCAAAAAGUUACCAGCACAUCCCCCCCACCCCAAGCAAACAUUUUGGGUUUUUUUCCAGGUUAUUUUUAAUAAUAAAUUCAGGUUAUUUUUAAACUCAAAUACCUGAUAGUGUUGACCACUAAAUUAAUUUCAGCCUGGAACUGGUUGUAGAAUUCAAUGAGUUAAUUGCUUUCAUCCUGCCUCUAAAACCUUUCUUCAUGCUAAAGUUGAACCUGUGAGUGCAGAAAGGAAAGUGCAUCUUGAAGUGUAUUUUUUUUCUUUUUUUAUUUUAGGAAAGCUCUGACCACUUAAGACUUUUGAGUUUGUAAGUUCUAAAAAAUAUUUUUUUGUAUUUUUGUAUUGUAUGUGUAAUCUUUUUUUCUUUUGAAGUCUGAUGCAGUUGAAUACCUGUAACUAUUUUCUUUAAAAGCCUUGUUAUAAACAUAACAUAAAAAUGUAUACAUUUUUUUUUUUUCCAUAGCAGAAAUCCUUGGUUUAUUUAAAACAAAACACACUUUCGAAACUGACUUUCAGGACUUCCAAAAUUGAUUUGGGCAUUACUGGAACUAGGCAAGGCAAAAUGAAGCAUUUACUUUUCACUUAUUUUUAUCACGUGUGGUUAUGUUUGUCGAAAUAUAUCCCUUUAAGAUAGUGGUAAUUCACAGUGAAUAACUAUUUUAUCUUGCUCCUUAGUAGUUACUUGAUACUGUCUCAGUCACUUCAAUUAGGAAAAAGCAAAAGGGAACUUUGAGUAAGAAUAAGAGGAUGACUUUGAGACCUGUUCUUUUUUUAGUUAACCUGCCACCAACAAUGUCUUCUGCAUCUUUGGCUGAAGUAGACAUUCAUUUCAACAGAAUUUCCUAGUACUUCAAAGUUCUUUAGGAAAUUGCUAGGCAGAACAGCAGACACGCUAGGAAAUACCUUCCAUGCAAGCGAGAGAGCUAAAGUUGUAUUUAUCUUACAUUUAUUGACCGUGGGAGUAAGUACAUUUAUAGACCUUGUGAGAGACUGCAGCAGCUUCUAGGUCUCAGCUGAAGGUGAGCAGAGAUCCUGCCUCACUCGAUGUACGAGUUCUGUUCCUUCUCAGUGCUUCACGGAAGAAAAUCGAUCAGGAUGGCCUGAAUCCACUCAGGACUGAGUGCCUAACAAGCUUGAUCUUGUAGCUGCAAGGGUGUCUGCUGGUGUUUAAUGUCUGACGCGUGCAGGAAAGAACUGAUCUGAAAGGUAUUGUCAAGGCAAAUGUUAGCUAGAACUUCACUUGAAGUUCUAGGCUUUUGUUACAAUAGUCAUGGUCUUUGCAUGAAGAUAGUCUUGGGGGUGUGUGUGUGUUAUUUUUUCGUUCUUUUUCUAAGAAUACUUGGGAAUCCUAAAAUUCGUGGUAAACUGCCUGAUUUAGCUAUUUUAAGUGCUUCCAGGAGAUAUGCUGAGACCUUUAGCUGCUUAGUAUAGCAAGGUAUGUAUACCUAUCGGUGGUUGAAAUGUCUGUCCGUGUAACUUGUGCAGUUUUAUCUCAGAAGGCUUAUGCUUGCUUAGCGGUAAAGCUUUACUUAGCACCUGAACAGCUUGCAAAACAUGCAAGACGUUAGGUGAAGAUAUAAGUAGUUACCCGGUAACCUUCUCUGUGCCACCCUGCAGCUAGGCUGCUUUUGAGCCUGCUGGGUUGUGGAUGGAUCUAAACUCAUCUAAUGCUAACUAUAUUAAAGUAAUAAUAAUAAAAAAAAGCACAAACUAAAAAACAGUGCAGACACCUGCUAGUGGCAGCGUUUCAGGCACUCCUGGGUGUAGCCCCUUAGACACCUGAUUUCGUUCCUUUAAAAGCGUAGGAGGUGCACUGUCCAGAUUCUCAGCAUCCGUAUUUUAUCAGCAGACAGAAGUACCCAACCAGCCUGUCUGUAAGGUGACUGAUGGAUGCUAUUUUAAUUUCAUGGGCUUACUCCCAUGUCACCGAUGACCCAAGUACAGUAUUCAGCCAACUUUGACAAACCCAACUAUCGUGUCCUAACGUGACCGCCACCGCAGCAGCCACAGCUGCAUUCAGGCCUGAUGCGCUUGAUCUCUGUCUCUGCCAGAUUCGUAGAGCACCUCCUUGUCAGAACUCACGCGGCUGCGCUGAGUUCUGUCUGCUGGGGGUGACUCUACCAAGGCUUUCAUGGUGAGGAGACUUGGAGGAAAAGUCAGCUCUUGAGAAAAUGGUGGCUUCUGCUUCCUGAAGAGGCAAACUGAGGUUUUAAACUAUUGGAAAUCACUGGUGUAACCAGAACUCUGUCUAGGCUGCUGUAAGGUGAGAAGAUUAAUCUGUUCGGAGAAGCAACAGAAUUUCAAGAAGGCUUUUUAUCUGUGUGGUUAGUAGCCUUGACAGGUGUUCUGCAAAAAAAAAAUUGGGGUUUUUUUUAAUUCAUUAUAAAAUUGUAAGUUGAGGAAUGCUGAGUAGUUCUGCCCUCAAGCUGCAGAAUGGAAGGUUACAUUCUAAAGUCACCAUAAUUUCUCUAGUUCCUCUGCCAAGAGAUGCUAGAACACCAUAAAAAUUGGACAACUAACAAUUUGCUUUUUACUCUAGCCUAUUAACACCUUCCUGAUUUCUUCUGGUUUUAUUAACGAAGGGAUCUCCUGCUGUUCCCUAAUUUUGGUAUAUUGGCAUCUUAAAAAAGACUAUGUAGUGCUUGCUUGGAAAGCUACUUGUGUUUAGUCAUUUGGAGCCGUUGCCUCAGGAUAGAUGCAUAGUUAUCCAUAGAAUUAAAAGCAUGAAACGUGAACUGUUCACUUGAACUCUGUAUACGGCGUGUUAAAUUUCUGUUGAUAAACGUCCAUUUAAAAGUCUGGAGUGGUGGGCAUCCAGGCAAAAUUUAGUUACCAAAGCAAACCUUUAAGCUCUACAGUGCACACCUUUUGUGGUAUAGAUACAUAUAUGCCAGCUACCCUUUAGGCUAGGUAGAGUGCGUAAGAGUGGCGGUGACUGUCAGAGCUAGCAAUUAAGAGUACGUAUUUUUUGAUUCAGUGGCAUAUAGUGAGAUCUUAAAAACCUUUGCUAAUCUUGUGACAUAGUUCUUAAAUUUGGUUCUUGGGGAUUGGAUUUCCUGACGAGAUGGAUGCACAAAUAAAGCAUUUGUGGUUCUGUAGUGAGAGCUCCACUGAAACUUGACAUCAUGAGCCUAUGUUUAUGUUUUCCUUGCAGUACAAGUGUAUUAACUUAAGGUAAUGCAAGUCAUAAUAAAAACAUAAUUAUCUC